GAGAGGGAAGGUGUGGGUGCGCGACAGCAGACGCGGAGAGACGCAAGACAGCCCACAGGCCCACAGGCACGGAAUACAGCGCAGCACCCAUAGACCCACCACAACACAACACAACACAACACAGCUCAACUCAACUCAACCCAACUCAGCUUUGAGCAGGAGGCUCCUGACUCUCACAGACAUCCAGGAUGUUUAAGAAGAAGGACACGGUCAAAGGCUCCAAGACCGAUAGCCUGAAGAGCUCGAGCUCCAGCAAGUCCAAGCAGCAGGUCUCCAACUUGGCCUUGCUGGUGGCGCGUAUGCAAAAGAAUGCCGACCAGGUGGAGAAAGAUGUGCUGCGCGCAGAGGAUCUAAUGGUCCUGGAUAAUGACAGUAAAAACAAAGAACUGCCAUUCAAGCACCAGAAGGAAGUGGCUGACUGUUUAGGGGAGGCCGAGGGGCUCCUGAAAGAUCUUUUCCUGGACGUGGACAAAGCUAAGAAGCUGGGUCACCCACAGGCAGGCGAGAUUGAUAAUGAUGUCCUGCGCCUGCAUGAUCGCUGGCUGAAGGAUUGUUCCAUUCAUCAGGACGUGUACGACCCUGUAAAUGACGUGGAGCUGGUACCCAGGAUUAACUGGGCCCCGGUGCUCAACGAGAAACAGAGGCAGGUUAACACGGAGGAGUAUGGACCCACCUUAACUGAUGUGGAGAAACAGAUCGCAGCUCAUAACAUCCUGCAUAAAGAAAUAGAGGCCUACAAUUCCCAGAUGAGCCCGGGGACCACCAGCUCCAAGGAGGAAUACAAUGAUAUCAAGAAGCAGUACACCAAUCUGCUGGACAACUCCAAAUGGCGACGGCAUUACCUGAGCAGCCUGUACGACUACAUGCAUGGCUGCAAGAAGGAGAAGAAGUACCUGGGCGAGGAGCUGGACAAGAUCCUCAAUCAGGACUGGAGUGACCGCAUGGUGGACCCACCAGACGUCCGCAGGGAAUACGAGAACUUCAAGAACAACAGCUUGCUCUCCCACGAAGCUGAGGUGAAUCGUCUGCAGGACGAUGGGGACCGGCUCGUCGAGCUGAAGCACCCUGCCAGCUCCAUAGUGGAGGCCGAGAGGGAUGAACUGCGAAACAAGUGGCAGGAAUUCCUCAACCUGUGCAUCUGCCAAGAGGUGCAUCUGGAGAAUGUGGAGGAAUACAAGAAGUAUCAGCUUGAUGCAGAUACCUUGUCAGAGUCUCUAACCAGACUUGGCUCCACCCUGGACCCCAAAGCCCUCAGUGGCAAGACCAACCCUGAGAUCUUACUCCAGCUCCAGGCAGAGGAGAGGGCAGUGCAGCGCGGUGAGCAGAAGUUGGCCGACCUCAGGAAGAGGAGCACGAGCAUCGCUCCACUCAAACUGCGCCGCUCCAACCCCAGCCGCUCCAAGGCCAUCGAAGCGCUGUGCGACUGGAGCACGCCCAAGGCCACGCUGGACCGUGGGGACAUCUUCACUCUGAAGUCCAACUCUGACAAUGAGAACUGGGAGGUGGUGUCCAACGAUGGAGUCACCAAAAGCUUCCCAGGAGUCUGCUUCCUCAUCCCCCCACCAGACACAGACGCCAUCGAUAAAGUGGACUUGCUUGGGGGUGAGCUGGCAGAUUUGAAAAAGAGGAGAGCCGCUUUGGAGGCGUCCCUGAAGAACAAUGCCCCUAGCGCCUCAAAGUCCCAGAGAGCAGCUCCUGUGUCUGCCGCCCCAGAGAACCCCAAGGCCCUGGAGCUGGCUGGAGCUCUCAACGAGCUGGAUAAAGACCUGGCCCUAGCUGAAGAGGACGUCCUAAGCCGUCUUAGAACUCCUCUAGACCGCACUGACGCUGCUAAUGACCUUGCUAAUAGGCUGAAGGAGCAGGAGAAAGCUGCCGACGCACUGAAGGCUUUGGACCAACAGAAAGCAGCUACGCAGAAAGAGUUAGAGCCCCUCCUGGCCCAAAAAGCCAAUGGGCCAACUUUGUCUUCACUUCCAGAGAAACUGAACGCAACCAAAAACAAACAAGACAGCCUUGCUGCCCUGUCUGACUUAUACACAAAAAAGGCUAAUGCCUCUCUGGAUUUGGAGAACCAGAUCAAGAAAGUGGAUGGUAUCGUGUCUGGGUUAGAGAAGGAGCUGUGUGAAGAUGGAGUUAUUCCAGAUAAGCCCAACGCCAUUCCGACUCGCUUGCAGGAGGUCCAGGACCUGAAGAAAGAUGUGGCCAAGGCUCAGCCAGAGGUGCAGAAGCUCAGUCAGGACCUGGAGGCCACGGAGAAGCUGUGCAGCUCCCUCCAGCAGGGCUACCAGGAGUACUGCCCCGACAUCGGGCGCCAGAGGACGGACACCACCCGCCUCCAGGGCCGCUACGCUCGCCUGUCCAAUCAGCUGGAAGAGAGGGAGAAAUUAUUGCAAGGUGCUGCCAUUAAAAAUCAAGACUUCCAGAAUGUCUCUCAAUCCCUUGACACCUUCCUUGAAAACCUGCCCAAUAAUGCCGCCAGCCCCAGUGAUGACUUGGCAGAAGUCAAUGCAAAGCAAGCUUCUCAGGAGAGAGUGGUAGAGGACAUCAAGCGUAAGGGGGAUGACAUUGACAGAGUUAUCGACCUCUCUGCUGACUUGCAAGAUGCCCUCAAUGAAUAUGAGAUCAACUGUGACACAUACAAUGGCACACUGAAGGAUGGACCUACAGAUGCCAAAAAGCCAAACACUUCAGCCCUUGCAGACAGUGUGCAGAAAAAGGAAAAAGAAUUGGUGAACCGAUAUGCUGUAGCUACUGCAGAGAAUGACCAGCGCCUGAACCAACUUGGCUUGGCCAAAAACAUCAUGGGACAGAAUGAAGAGAAGGUCACCAUGGUGCAGCAGCAGCAAGCACAGCAGCAGAACCUUCAGAAAUCUCUGGACGAGACUGACGGCCUGAAGAAAGAGCUGGAUGAGGAGGCAUCUAGACGUACCCAUGCUGAGAAUGACCUCAAGACCUACAAGAGCAGAUUGUUGUCCCUGAAGAGUCGCAGGGGUGUGGAGCGUGUUGAAGAGAAGGAAGUGCUGGAGUAUUACCGUGACCCCAAGAUGGAGGCCGACCUGGAAGACCUAGAGAACAAAGCUCACGAGGAAGCUCUGAAGCGAACAGGCAUUCAGAGUGAAAUCGAGGUCACUGGCUCAAAAGUCGCAAAACUGGAAAAUGAAAUCAAGAAUGUAGAGCCCAAGCUGGUUACCAGAGAAGUAACCAAUUAUGAGAGAGAUCCCCAACUCGAUGUUGAUGCAGCCAAAUUAAACGAUGAGAUAAAAAAGCUGAAGGACGAAAUCCGGUUACAUGAUAAAGAGGCAGCGAAGCUGCAGACAGAGCUUACCAUUUUAGAGCAGAAGAAGCCAAACAUCAAACAGAAGGUGGUGCAGAAGGAAGUGGUGAAAGUGGAGCAGGACCCAGGGAUGUUGAAGGCCGUCCGAACAUUUGAGAAUGAGAUAGCAGAUGAAAGUGAAAGGGGCAGAUCCAUUGGCAAUGAGAUCUUUCAAACACAAAGUCAGAUCAAUACACUGGAGAGACUGAUUCCAACCUUAGAGCCUAAGAUUGUUACCAAAGAGGUGAAGAAAGUUGAACAGGAUCCUGAAGCCUUGAAGGAGGCUGAGAAGCUAAAAUCACUCUUGGAAGUUGAAAGAAAGGAAAACACCGGUCUCCAAAUUGAAGUUUCUGUGCUACAAAAGCGCAUGAAUCAACUGAGAGAGUUAAAACCAAAAGUGGAAGUUAAAGAGGUGACAAACGAGGUUUUUAGGGUCUUACCACAGACAGAGGAGGAAAUAGCCCGUCUGAAGAAGGAACAGAAGGAUACCAAAAAACGCAUUUCGGAUAUUGAGUAUGAAAUCACAACAGUGGGGGCUGACCUAGCGGACCUGAAAUCACAGCCUCCUGAGGUUGAGUUUAAAGAGGUCACCCAAGAAGUCGUGAAAGAGGAACGGACCCCUGAGGACGACAAGGAGAUUAAAAAGCUCACGGACCAGCUGUCCCUUCAGCGAAACACUUACGAUGAUAUUCAAGACAAGAUAAAGCGUCUAACAAAGGAGAGAGAUGAAAUCAAAGCAGAGAAGUCAAAGGUGGAGACUCAACUUCUGAACAAAGAAGUGGUGAAGUAUGUAGAUGACCCACUCUUGGAGAAGGAGGCAGACCGCCUGCGGAGAGACUAUCGUGAGGAGCAACAGAAGCGGCGCACAACUGAGGAAAUGGUCUUUGAUCUUCAGAACAAGUACAUUCAGCUAGAGAGACAGCAGCCGGAGGAGAAGGUCGUGGUACAGGAGGUUGUGCGUCUCCAGAAAGAUCCAAGACAGAUCGUGGACCACGAGAGACUUGGCAAAAACUUGGAUAAGGAAGUCACAUCCCGCAGGCAAAUGGAGCUUGAGGUACAGCAGCUGAAGGCCAAAGUGGAGGAGAAGGAGAGGAACAUCCGGUCAAGUGAUGAACAUCAGAAGAAAGCCAAAGUGGAUGAAGAGCUGAAAGAAACCAAGAAACGCAUCCAUGACCUGGAGACAGCGCCGCCACCUAUCGAGGAGUGCAUCGAGAUUGAGGAAGUUAUGAAGGUGGAGAGGGAUCCAAAACUGGAGAAAAUGAGCAAUGGACUCCGCACAGAUUUGGACAAAGAGAACAAUGACAUCAUACGCCUUCAAAGAGAUGUAAGACAACUUAAUACAAGGCUUGAUGCAUUGAAGCGGCAGAAGGGUGGAGAGAAGACGGUUUACAAAGAGGUCAUUCGUGUAGAAAAAGACCAAGCAGUAGAGGCUGAGAGGUCCAAUUUGAGGGAAAAGGUGCUAAAGGAGACAAAUGCCCGACGAGACCUGGAAGAUGAGGCCAAAAAACUGACUGACAAGUUGGAUCGCCUCAAAAAUCGAGGCACUAGCAAUUCUCAAGAGGAGAAUAAUCUGAUCCGCAAAAAGGAUGCCUUAGAAAAAGAGAAGGAGAAACUCGAGGAUGAGCUGAAAGCCCUGGAAUCCGAGAAACGAGACAUCAAAACCUCGUUCCAGCAGCAGUCCCGACUGAUGAGUGAGAAGAACCAAAAGAGCAGGCAAAAGAGCAUCAAGAUGGAGACGGACGUUCAGCGUAUAGAGAGGGACAUCUUGGAUGAGAAAGACAAGAUCCACAAGCGUGAUAACACAAUAAGGGAACUUCAGAAAAGCUUGAAGAAGGAAGAAAAUAACAAAGAGUCACGCACCAAAGAGACCAACCUCUCCACCAAAAUCACCAUCCUAGACCCUGACACAGGGACGGACAUGUCACCAUAUGAUGCUUACCGGAGAGGUAUGAUUGAUCGUAAACAGUACCUGCAGCUGCAAGAGCUGGAAUGUGACUGGGAGGAGGUCACCACCAAUACACCCCAUGGUGAGACUUCUGUACUGCAGGACCGUAAAAGCGGCAAACAGUACCCCAUCAAAGAUGCUUUAAGGGAUGGCAGAGUUACCCCAGAACAGCUGAAUGAAUACAAGAAAGGUAAAAUGCCCAUCUCAGAGUUUGCUCUCCUUGUUGCUGGAGAUAAAAAACGUUCUUCCAUCUCGUCAGCCUCAAGCAGGCUCUCAUCCGCCUCAACCGACUCCCUCAUCGAGGGAGACUUCCCCAUCAGUGGCAUUUAUGACACCCACACUGACUCAUGCCUGUCAAUACGCAGCGCCAUGAAGCACAGGAUGCUUGACACCACCACGGCCCAGAAGCUGUUGGAGGCACAGGCUGCCACGGGGGGCAUUGUGGACGUCAACAACAAGGAAAGAUACUCUGUGCACAAGGCCGCAGACCUGGGUCUCAUUGAAGCAAGCCAGUUGCAGCGGUUGCUCAAUGCUCAGAAAGCCUACACUGGAGUCGAGGACCCCAUCACCAGGGAACGUCUCUCUAUUGGAGAGGCUGUCCAGAAGGGAUGGAUGCCCAAGGACACUGCCAUGCGCUACAUGGAGGCCCAGUUCCUGACGGGGGGGCUAGUGAACCCCAACCGAACGGGACGUGUUGACAUCGUAGAGGCCGCAGGCUCUAAAAUGGUAGACAGCACCAUGGUGAGAGAGCUUCAGGAAGAGGCCAACCACCCCAAGGAGCUGACAGAUCCCAUCACACAGGAGAAGAUCAACUAUAAGCAGGCCCUGAAUCGCUGCAAGACUGACCCAAGGACAGGUCUCCCAAUGUUACCAGCAUCCUCUAAAAAUGCAUCCCCUACCUCCCCCUUCCCCGCAUAUUUUAGCCAUCGAUCUUCUAACCAUUAAUUUGAAUAAAAUGUGUUUACAUUCAGAUUGGGAAGUACUCCGAGUGGAACUCAAGUUGUAAAUGUCAAAUAUUAAUGUUUAUAUAAAAUAUAAUGUUUAUAAAUAACUCAGGGAAAAUAGGGAUUAUUAUUCAGCUCACGUAAGGGGUCACAAAUAUUGCUGCUGAGAUGUGUGUUUACUCAUUUAUGAAGGAGAAGUUUAUUCUUACUGAUCAUUAUCCUUAAAAUAUUUACCAGAUUUGGGAUGAUGGGCAUUGGUGCAAUCACGGUUUGGAUGUCGAUACUUUCAUAUAUAAUUUAAGGCUUUCUCUGAUAUACUGUUAUUACUUUGUUUGAUAUUGUAUGAAAAAUAAAUGCAUUGAUUAAAAUGUCAA